UUUUUUUUUUUUUUAUAAUCAAAGUCUGUUAUUAAGAAACAACUAAAGAAAAAUACUAAUUCCUGAAUCUCAUCUUCUCUUCAAUGGCAUUGGGCGUUGAAGAAGAAGAAGACUACUCUGUUAGAACAAGAAACUACAAAAUAAAUAGAAGAAUAAAGUUUUCUAUUGAUGACAAGGUUGAGGUAAGGAGUGAGGAAGAUGGUUUUCAGGGCUCAUGGCACCUGGGAACAGUUGAUGGAUGUAAGAAUUGUGACAAGGGUGUGAUUUAUGAUGUCAAAUACGAUCAUAUACUUGUUGAUGAUGGGUCUGACCAUCUCGUUGAUAAGGUGUUUGUUCCAAACCAUGUGGAUGAGAACAGUUGCUCCACCUCAAUGGUUAAUUAUCGUGGACACAUUAGGCCAUUACCGCCUCUGCUUAACGUUCAAAAAUGGAACCUCCCUAAUGGAAUGUGUGUGGAUGUCUUGCACAAUGAAGGCUGGUGGGAAGGUGUGGUUUUUGAUCAUGAAGAUGGUUCAGAGGAUAGGAAGAUCUUUUUCCCUGAUUUGGGUGAUGAACUAGUCUCGCACAUUGGUUAUAUAAGGAUUACUCAGGAUUGGAAUGAUGUUACUGGGACUUGGCAGAAUCGUGGGACAUGGCUGUUUUUGGAGUUGAUCGAGGAAUUGGAGCAAGAAUGUUAUGUUCCUGUUUCCACAAAGCAACUCUGGUAUGAUUUGCGAGAGAAAAAGGAUUUUCAGAAACUUGUUGAUUGGACUUCCAAAGACAAAGAUACAUGGAGAAAUUUGGUGUCAGAUGCAAUUAAUGAUAAUUUUAAAGUUUUUAUGAAGCAUUUGUUUGAGGAAGUAGGCUUUACGGAGGGUGCGCAGGGGGUGUUGGAGUGUGCAAAACCUUUUAAUGAUGCGAAUACAUAUCCUGAAGCAGUUUGGGGUCAAAAUCAUGCUGUGUCAGUUGGAGACAUGUCAAAUAGCAAUAUGUUUUAUCCCAAAUAUUCUAAUGCCAAUUCCAUUCAACAACUAUAUAAUGAGAAGCAAUUAGCAUCUCUUUCAUUGAACAAUGGGUCAAAUAUGCAUCUAUUGACUAAAUCAAAAGUAUCAUGCCCUGAAAAAAGAGUGUGCAUGUUGCCUCAGGUCUUGCCUUCUAACCAGGAUGGAAUUUCGGUUACUAUUUCUACGAACAAUGAGAAAGGUUUCUCUAGUUCCAAUGCCGAUAAGAUUACUGAAAAGUACUCGAGUUCAAUGUGCAUCAGAUCCAAUUGGUUAUCUGCUGUCCCACAACUGGUUCCGGGGGCUGAGUUUUGUCCAGAUUCUGUCAUCAAAUAUGCACUUGGUAAAAGAAUGCCUCAAAGCUCUAUAGUUGAUGUUAGGAAGCAUCUCUUACAUCUGAAUUGGAGAAUAGAGUACUCGAGACAAAGUGGUGUUAUUAAACUUCGCUACAUCUCACCUGAUGGGGUCUGCUACUAUUCUCUUCGUCAGGUCUGUAUUUGUCUAAGUAAAUCUCAUGCUGAUACUCUUCCUUCAAUGUCCCAAAAUGAGGAUACAAUUCUGUUCAAUUCACCUUCUUCAACUGCCCAAGAUGAGGGUACAAGUUUUUUCAGUUUACCUGGUAAUUCAUCAUGUCUUCUUAUUGAGCAGUCGCCGCAGAAUCAGGACUCUCUGGUCUCUUCUCAAUCCGAUUUUGUUGUUAUUGAACCCAAAUAUUGCCCUGAAGCAGCUGUGCAGUGGUUUAAACAUGGAUUUGGGAAGAGACCUACGAGAAGGGAUAGGAAAGAAAUGAUACUGAGAGCCAAAAGGCAUCUCUCAGCUUUGGGAUGGCAAUUUAGGUAUGUAUCCCACAAUGGAAGGCUUGAGUUGCACUAUGAAUCACCAAGCGGAAAAUUGUUUAAUUCACUUCGAAUGGCCUGCAAAUAUUCUAUGAAUGGAGGAGCUUCCCCUACAUUUACACAACUAGAAAGGAAAACUGUCAGCAAGGUAGUUAAGGCACAGGCAGCCACAGAGAAAAUAUCUUCUGCCUUGAGAAAAAUGGGGUCGCAGAAGCUUGAAAAUUUUUCUAGUGAUUUUUCAUGUAUAUCGAGGUUAAGGAAAACUAUGGUGCCUCAAAAAUUAAAACUUGGAGGGACUAGACAAUUCCAAAAGAAAAGAAAGGAAGGAUUACAUCUUUCUUUUUUCUCACAUCAACAAGAAGCCAAUUCAGAUGGUCAAAGGUUCCACCCUAAGAUGAGAAAAGGAACAAAAUCCAGAGGUUUAUUCAAAUUAAGAAGUAAUAAAAAUGGUAGUCAGACUAACUGUGUUCUUCGAUCACACAAAAGAGUGCAGCAGGUAGUGGUUUCUACUCCCUCACAUUUGAAGCCUCGAACCGUCCUUUCUUGGUUGAUAGAUAAUAAUGUUGUGCUGCCGAGGGCUAGAGUACAUUACUGUAGCAUAAAGGGUAGGCGUCCAAUUGCAGAAGGGCGUAUAACUCGUGAUGGGAUCAAGUGUAAUUGUUGUGGGAAGGUGUACACUCUAAGCAACUUUGAACUACAUGUUACUGGUAAAUACAGCAGACCAACUUCCAGCAUCUUUUUGGAAGAUGGAAGGUCUCUGUUAGAUUGUCAGAUGCAAAUAAUACAUGAUGAGAUGAGGAAUUUUGCAGCAGAGUCACCUGAAAUGUUGAAGGGCUCUUCUCAUCAAGGUGAAAAUGAUCACAUAUGUUCUGUUUGUCACUAUGGUGGUGAACUAAUUUUGUGUGAUCAGUGUCCUUCCUCGUUCCACAAAACUUGCCUCCGCAUGGAGGACAUUCCAGAUGGAGAUUGGUUCUGUCCAUCAUGCUGUUGUAAAAUUUGUGGCCAAAACAAACUAGAAAGAGACACUCCGCUUUGUGUGGAUGAUAAUUAUAUUCUUACUUGUACUCAAUGCGAGCGAAAAUAUCACGUUGGAUGCCUAAGGAUUAAAGGAGAAGAUAGCUUCAAAUGUUUUCCCAAAGAAAAUUGGUUUUGUUGCACAAAGUGUAGAGUGAUUUUCCUGGGCCUCCACAAGCUUCUUGGAAAACCACUUCCAGUGGGUUUAAACAACCUUACUUGGACAUUGUUAAAACACAUCCAAUCUGAUGGUUUUAAACUUGAUUCUCCUGAUAUUGAGGCCCUGACUGAGAACUACAGCAAGCUCAAUAUUGCACUCGAUGUGAUGCAUGAGUGCUUUGAGCCCGUCGAAGAACCUCUCACAAAGAGAGAUCUUCUUAAAGAUGUUAUUUUCAGCAAAGAGUCAAAACUUAACCGUCUGAACUUUCGAGGAUUCUACACAGUACUUCUGCAGAAGGAUGAUGAAUUUAUUACUGUGGCUACUGUAAGGGUCUAUGGCGAGAAGGUGGCGGAAAUACCACUUGUUGGUACUAGAUUUCAGUAUCGUCGACUUGGAAUGUGUCGUAUAUUAAUAGAUAUUCUGGAAAAGAAGCUCAUGGAAUUAGGAGUUGAGAGGCUCAUUUUGCCUGCUGUUCCCAGUGUCUUACCUGCAUGGACCGGUUCAUUUGGGUUUACAAAAAUGACAGACUCAGAGAGAUCAAAGUUUUUAGAUUACACUUUCUUGGAUUUCCAGGAUACUAUAAUGUGUCACAAGCUCUUAAUAGAGAUUCCCUGUUCUGAAUCAAGCACUUCAAGAGUCCAUUUUGUAGAAGUCCAACCUGGACACCACAAUGAUGCUAGUGGAAGUGCUCACACUAUUGAUCUUGAUGGAUCUAGGGCCAUCUCUGCUGCAUUUGAAGCCGAUCGAAUGAAUGGUGGAAUUAAAGAACAAGGACAAAAAGAUGUUGCUGCAAGCAAUAGCAGUAGUGAUAUCAUUGAUGAGCUCAUUCAUCAAGAAGCUAUGGUAAACCCGACUGAUCCUCACGGCGAACCUUGCACUAGCGAAGCAGGUCUGGUCCGUCUGGACUGCUCAGUUGAGGAUUGCACCUUGAAGGAGGAAAGGGAGAAUGGUAAUGAUUCAAAGACUUGGAAUGUUGAAAGCAGAUAUGACAAUGUGGAUUUGAAGUGCUAUAAAAGAAGAAAGAUAUUACCAAAAUCGAAACCAUAAUCUGUGCCCUGGUGAGAUAAAAUGUUGAAGUGUCUCACUAAUUUUGCUUUGCAAGCUAGUAUAUAAAAUUCUUUUGUAAAGGAUAUCAAUGGAAAGAAUAGAUAGACGAGACAGCUCUUUUUUUUUCCCCCUUUUCCUCGGUUAGAAGCUGAAAGUAAGAGUGUAGAAAGACAAACACGAGAUACCGAGCUCUUUGUUUUCUUCUUCUUACACAAAAAGAAUAAUGUUUUCUAUGCUUUUUUUGGUUUUGAUAAGACUAAUUAUGUUUAGGUUCUUUCUU